CUCGGGUUUCGGCUCCCGGGGCCCGCAGGACCCGCCCAGGGGAGGAUCCGAGGAGGCCGCGGCUCCUCCGCAGCCGCACAAGUCGCCUCCCAGGAGCUUCUCCCCGCGAUGGACUCCGCGGCUCAAACUUUCCUGUGAGGCGCUCGGGGGGGAGAGGGGGUUGUUCCCCGGCUCGGGAAGCGGCUCUGCCCUCCAGGAGAUGGGGAUCCCCUCGCAGGAUCGCCGCCCUGGCUCCCCGGGGCGCCGAGGUCGAUGCUGAGCGCCGGGUUUGGAGGCGGCGUUGAGUUCCCAGGGCCGCCAUGAGGCACUGCUUCUACAACGAGACCGUGGGCUUCUUCUACAACAACUCCCGCAAGGAGCUGACCACGUACUGGCGCACCAAGGACGUGCUGGUGGUGGCCCUGGGCCUGACCGUGAGCGUCAUCGUGCUGCUGACCAACCUGCUGGUCAUCACGGCCAUCGUCAUCAACCGCCGCUUCCACUACCCCAUCUACUACCUGCUGGGCAACCUGGCGGCCGCCGACCUGUUCGCGGGCAUCGCCUACAUGUUCCUCAUGUUCCACACGGGGCCCCGCACGGCCGAGCUGUCCCUCAAGACCUGGUUCAUCCGGCAGAGCCUGCUGGACACCAGCCUGACGGCCUCGGUGGUGAACCUGCUGGCCAUCGCGGUGGAGCGGCACCAGACGGUGUUCACCAUGCAGCUGCACAGCAAGAUGUCCAACCAGCGCGUCACCAUCCUCAUCUUCUGCAUCUGGGUCACGGCGCUGCUGCUGGGGCUCAUCCCCUCCUACGGCUGGCACUGCCUCUGCGCCCUGGACAAGUGCUCCAGCAUGGCCCCCCUCUACAGCAGGAGCUACCUGACCUUCUGGGCCAUCUCCAACCUCGUCAUCUUCCUCAUCAUGGUGGUGGUGUACACCCACAUCUUCAUCUACGUCAAGAGGAAGAUGACCAGGAUGUCCAAGCACACCAGCUUCCACCCCCGCUACAGGGAGACCAUGAUCAGCCUGGUCAAGACGGUCACCAUCAUCCUGAGCGCCUUUGUGAUCUGCUGGACCCCCGGGCAGGUGGUGCUGCUCCUGGACGGGCUGGGCUGCAAGAGCUGCAACGUGCUGGCGGUGGAGAAGUACGUGCUGCUGCUGGCCGAGAUCAACUCCCUCAUCAACGCCAUUGUCUACUCGUACCGCGACACGGAGAUGAGGAGCACCUUCCGCCGCAUCCUGUGCUUCCCGUGCCCCCGCAACUCCAAGUACACGCCCACCGCGGUCAAGCUGAACACGGCCGACCGCGGCACCCUCUCGCACAACGGCCACUUCACCGUCGACUCCUCCAUCUAGCGCCGAGCCCCGGAGCUGCCCCGAGCCCCGGAGCUGCCCCGCUCCCGCAGGGGGCCGGGCCGGGCUCCCCAGCGUCCCCAAAGCUCCGGCACGGACGGUUCCCCCCGGGAAGACUCGAAGGACGAGGUGGUCUCACGGACCUCGGAGGGGGAUUCUCAUUAAAGACUCUUUUUAACGAGGGGCUGAGUCGGUGUGGCGGCGUCCGGAGGCGCGGGACGGGAAUUUCUCCCGGCGAGCAAAGUAUUUCCUUGGUCCUUCAGUAUUAUCCCUCGGGAACGGCCCUUCCCAAGCUCCGGGCAGCCAGAACUCUCCGGGCUCACCUGUCACUCAGAGCCUGACCCAGGCUGUGUCCCACCUGCUUCCCAAAGCUGGUUAUCCCCCUAAGCCUCCUCCGAGGGGAAUCCCUGCAAAGUGCUUCCUGAGAAGCAGAUCCCUGCUUUCCCAAGUGGGUUUUUUUUAAUUGGAUUUCGGAGCGUUCCAGGCUCUGGGAGGAUGUUUGGGAGCACGGAAUUCCUCGCUGAGCUGGAGAGGGGCUGAGGAGCUGCAGUUGUGUUUGUGCUCUGCUAAGUGAUACCAUGUGCUCACGGGUGUGGAGUGAGUCAUGUUCCCAUUAAACCAGCCCUCUGCUCCCUGGAAAUCCCUCUGGGGCAGCUCGAGGUCACAUUCCGAGGCAGUCAGGAUUUCUAACGUGCAGCUUUUGUACCUCAACGCUCAAACAACACCUCGAAUCUGCCCCAGGCCCGAUUUUCUCCCUGCAGAGAAACUGGGAAUCUUCGUUAACGGCAGCCCCUCCCCUGGGAUGUGAACGGUCGGUGUCGGUGCUGGGGCUGUGUCUGGAGGGGAGAACAUCCAGGAUAUUCUCAGAAACUGGGAAUAAUCCUCCAGCUUUCCUUCCCUUUCGCAUGGUUAAACCUCAGCCGCUGUGGAUGCGCCGGUGUGAAAUGCAGGGGGAGUUGUUUUCCACGUGGCGCCGGAAUAUCACCUAAAUUCAUAAUUUCAGGGUGUUUUCUUUAAUCAAACGUCCUGGUUUUGUCCGAGGAUCAGCCCCCAGAGUGGCCACUCGAGGAGAACACGACUUUCUGGAGGGUUUCUUUGUUGCAGAGCAGAGUCAGGCAGGGGUGGCGGGGUCUCCUGGACUGACUGGAAGCCUUGGAAUAUCCUUCCCACCUCUGUGUCCCAGAGAGUCCUGGAAUAAAUGGUUUUGCCCUGGGUUUUAGAAAAGAAA